UUCUCUCCCCUCCCCCGACAUCGCGCAUACACCCUCCCCAGACAUCGCGCAUACACCCAUCUCCCACCGUCGCGUACACCGAGCUCGCUCUUCUCCUCAGCUACCGCCAUUCUCGCACCGUAGCACAUGUCUGCGUCCCCGCAGCCACCACCGCCCGCGGUCCCCGCGCACAGGGAGGAGCCCGUCGCGCAGACCAACGGCUCGCCCCCCGCAUCCAGCUCUCCCGCCCAGCUCGCCGCGCUUCUCACCAAGAGCCUCCAAGAGGCCGAGUCCCUCAAGUCCGAACUCGCACAGGUCAAGCGACGCGCCGACAAGGCUGAACGCCUCCUCGCCAUCUUCCAGUCGUCAUCGCAGUCCGGCUCGCCCAACGGAUCCCCGCCCGGAUCGUCUCAGGGCGCGUCGUCAAAGCCCCAUCUCUCCGAAGCGACGCGCAAGGCCAUCCUCGAUUCAGAUGCCCGUGCAGAUGCCGCAGAGCGCGCCCGCGACGAGGCUGAAGCGCGUCUGCGCAUGCUUCAAGAGUACUGGACCGACGUAGAUCGCUUUUUCUCCCAGAUGGAUGCGCGCACUGCCGACAUGCGUUCCAGAUGGACCCGGUACAUCGAGUCGGGUGGCGGACCCAUCGUCCCCAUCGGCAACAUCCCCACGCAAAACGCCUCCGUCUACCUCCCCACUGCGCUGCAGCACCACGACCUUCCGCUCCCACCACUUCCCUCCCGCUCCACCCGCAUGCGCGUUGCGGGAUCCUCGCAGCCUUUUCCGUCCGUAACCCUCCCCCCUCCUCCGAGCACGAGCUCAAGUCGCGUCCGUCCGCGCGCAGAUAGCAUGGACACCGGGUACAACAACGGCGUCCUUUCUGGGCCAGGUGCCCCGCCACCCGCCAAGCGACCCCGCGCCGAGCGCGACUCCGACCGUGGGCGCGACCGCCACUACAGCUUAUCUCCGUCCAAUUCUCCUCAUCCCGCCUACCUGUCGAACGGGCACGCUGUAGACCACUCGCCGACUCUCCACCCUCAUCCCGCCAACACCCUUCCCGCGCUCCACUACUCUGCGUAUCACCAUCCAUCCAGCCGCCGCUCAGAUCGCGACGAUUCUGCCGCAGCGCGGUACGCCCCCGGUGGGUAUGUCAGCCAACACCGCCAUCGCCGCGGUCGCUCGACUUCGCGGGAUCGCGAACACUCGUCCGGGAGCCGCUCGCGUUCCCGCGCGAGUUCGCUGAGCCUCGAGGAGAUGCUCAUCGAGGCGACGACCACGCCGGCCGAAGAUCGCCCGGGCCCGGACGGACAUGUGCAGCCGCGCGCGGUGCACCCGUCCGCGCAUCUGCACCCGUCUUCGCGCCACCGCUCUCCGUCCCCGGGCUACCAACAUCACCUCCAGGUCCUAUCGCAUGGGCGGUCACGCGCGCACUCCUCCGUGCAACUGCACCCCAGUGCCCACGCCUCCGGAACCGGCGCGUCUGCGCCCGGCCCCUUGCCUGUUCCCGGGCAGGUGCAGACGUAUCAGACGCAUAUCUUCGCUCCUCCCGUGACGGGUGCUCCCGUGAAGAAGAGCAAACUCACUGCGGGCAGUUCGACACUGAGCGCUAAUGGCAGUGUUCUGACUCUCGGCCCGACAGGCAGUGUUAUUUCUGGCCCCUCGUCGCUGGGCGGUGGCGGGUUCCCGGCGACUAAUGCCGCGGGCCAGCGCAUCUGUCGCCAGUGUGGCCUCCCCGGCCGCUACAAGGACAACAAGUGUGUGGAGAAGUGGGGCCCAGGUCCCGAGGGCCCGGGCACGGUGUGCGACCGAUGCCGCAAGAAAAUGAAGCGCGUCGAACGGCGCGGGACGCUCGACGGCCACAGCCUGGCCGCGCAGAUGCACCACGCGCCCGCUGCGAUCCACCCGUCUGGUGCGGCGCAGGCUGUGCCGGGCACGCUCGUGAACGGCCGCUCGAUCCAUCGCAGCGACACUCUGCACGUCCACCCAUCAUCGUCGCAGUCGCAGCGCUCGCUUGGGCCCGCUGGCACCCACAUUCUGUCGUCUUCGAGCGGAUCGUCGCCGCACAGCUCGUACGUGCGCCACGACCGCGAUCGCGAACGGGACUACGACCACUCGAACUCGCCGCCGCACACGCACUACUCGAGUGCCGGCCGUGCGGCGCAGCGCACGCCUCCGACGCCGCCCUAUAUCGCGACGCUCCCGAACUCGGGCGCGAACGACGAAGAGGGUGCUGCAUACAAUGGCACUCCCCGGUCACGCGCCUCGCGCGCCGCCAGUCGCGAGCGGCCCGCGCACAAGGCCGUCGCAGCAGUGAACGGUCACCGCAGCGCGGAGGGUAGCGCGAGCGCGAGCAGCCGGUCUGCGAGCCGUUCCCCGCGAUCGGGCGCUGGGGCAUCGGGCGCGUCGCCGCGCGGGUCGGACGGCAAGUCGAAGAGCUCGGAGCUGAUGGACGUCGACGCGGAUGGGGAGGAGGUCGACGCUGAGGCGGAGGCGGAGGCCGAUGCUGAGGCAGAGGACGUGGACGCUGAUGCGGACGCUGAGGCCGAUGCGGAGGCCGACGCCGAUGCGGACGCGGAGUUGCUCGAGGCUGUUGACGCAGCUGAGGCGAACAACGCGACAGACGAGGAGUGGCUGAAGAAGGAGGACCCCUAGAGCAUCCCGCCCCUUCCGCCUGAUGAUGACUUGUAUGACUGCACGCACGACCGCACGAAGAGAAACCCCGCCCCACUCUGUCCGCCCCCGUAUUAUAUUCUUUGCCCCCUUGUUGUCGCUGUACCGCUACUACCACCCGUUAUGUGCUCGUCCUACGAUACUGAAGUUUCCGCUCACGCAUGGACGGCUCCGCUUGCUCGCUCUCGCACUGUUUUGUUUUCUGUAUCUCGUGUAUGUUCCCCUGUGUCUGAUUGUAACUGUACGUCCGCGCGUUUUCGCUAAAUGCUUGUAGACGGAUCGGAACCCC